GAAAAUUUAAAAAAAAUGAACGACUACGGCUUUUGUAUACUUAUAUUGCUGUUUACGAUCAUUCAACAUACCACUUCAUCGCUGACGAGUAACCGGACACAUCACUGGACAUGUCCUCCUUCAGAUGCUAAUUUUCACUACAAUCUCUGUUCAGAUCCAAUACAUCCUCACACGACAUUUUAUGUAGGAAAUACAGAUUGUAACUUAGAUAGUGGCUUCAAAAAUAAUUUGAGAAGAAUAACCCUGGAAAUGAGCGAUGGUUUACAAGAUGAAAUGUCAAAUUUUAAUGCAGAGCACGUCAGAUGUGAAUAUCGUUUGCAACAACUACAACAAAAGAACUUGACAAAUAUCCUUCGCAUAGAAACCUCGUAUGAAUUUGAAAGAGCUAAUUCAAUAACAACUGUUUACACGAAGAUGGCAAAAUUCCUACGAUUACAUCAUAAACUGUGGUGUUUGUAUUCAGUAAGAGCAAAACAGGAAUGUUGCUUAUCCUUCACAGAGAAUUUUCGUAGGCUUAAACACAGGCUGUUAGGCAAAUGGUGGAUUGUGCAGAACAGCUGCGGAGAACAAAUUGAUCAGAAUCAUUGCGAAGCCAGUGUUCAAGACUUUACCACUAAUGAUUUAAGAUGUGAGGACCUACGUGAUAUUAUCUAUAUUCUGUUUAGGGAUGCACGUUCCUUACUUAACGAAUCACUAUCAGUGCUUGAUCAAUUUUGAGUCAUCAUUAGAAUGUAAUAAAUGAUACGGGUGAAGCAUUUGUCACAUCAUGUUUUCUGUAUAUCUUACGUUUACUAAACAAAAAAAAAUAAAUCCCCUUUUAAAGAAACCCUUUGAUAUAAUUAAUAAAUAUUUGUGUAAAAAAUCUCUAACUGAUCAAUUCAUCAAAACUUAUUUCACUCCCUUUUAAUUUGUUGUUUUUGUCAGUACAGCAAUUCAGUUUAUACUGAAUGAGUCAGAGACAUUAUAGCUUUUAAAGGUUUUGUGCUUUAUUAUCUUAACUAUUUAUCUCGCUGAGUGACUUUCCUUGUGCAAUAUGUAACUUACACUAUCUUUUUUGUUAUUUUUUAAUGUUUACACUUAUGUUCAGAACUGUUAUGAUAUAUCAAUAAAUGC